AUGGUAACUCAAUACUUUGAACAUAGACUCGAACUAGGAAAUUAUUCUGAGCAACCUCAUUUUCAAUUGAUGGAAUGGCAUCCAUCGUUGAACAUUCUUGCUGUAGCUUCAAUUAACGCCGGAACAAAUAUAUUCUUCUAUGGAGAAGAUGGUGAACAUGAUGAGGCAGCGCGUGUGCAGCAUACAAGUAAUGCUUAUUGUAUGGGAUGGCAUCCUGUCAAGAAAACACUAGCAAUUGGUUUUGCGAAUGGUGAACUGAUGAUCUGGAAUGGAUCGAAUCGUCGGCUGGAAAGUGUGAUUGUGCACAAGAGUUGUAUUACAUCGCUGACAUUUAAUACCGAGGGUACUCAAUUAUUGUCCACUGAUCAGGAAGGUAUGAUCGUCGUCUGGAAAGCUGAUUCUCUUGCACAGGUAUCUCAACAAAGUGUCAUGUUACAAGUGAACACACCUGGUGAAGCUAUUACUUACGUAUUAUGCAAAUCAACACCAAUCGGUCGAUCUGAUCAGGAUUAUCGAGAUCUGGCACGAGCAGCAGUCGAAGGUGAUCAGGCCGCAUUGGACAUGCUGGCGAUGAAAACAAGUCGAGGACAUUCGUAUGAACCAACGAUGUUCUUUGUUGGCACAGAUAAAGGCACUGUUUACACUGUUACGGAUCGAUUGCAGAAAGCUUGUUCAGCCGAUGAUGGUAUUGCACGUUUAUUACAUUCGUAUGAUCAUAACAUUCUUAUUGUUAUUACUGUAACAAACAUGAUGACACAAUAUAAUAUUCAACAGAUUCAGACGCAAUCUGACGUUUUAAUUCCUACACAUUCAGGGAAAUUAUCUGGUCGUCCAAUGGAUUCUGAUUUUACGUUAAUCGGUACAAAUUUAUUCGCAUAUGUCACUGGUGAAUCAACAAUACGAAUGAUCGAUUUAAAUUCAUCCGAUAAUAUUUUACUGAAACUCAGUCCAGCAAUGGGUUUCGCUAACAAUGAAGUUCUCAUCUGUUUAUCCUAUAGUGCUGCAAAAGGCAUUAUUGCUGCUGGUACAAGUAAAGGAAAUAUUGCCUUUUGGGUCUACACUCCAAGUCGCCGCGCAAUAGAUAUGGAAAAACAAUGGAACCUCCAGCGAGUUAAACAUAUAUGCAAUGGGUUACCUAUUCGCAAAGUGAAAUAUUGUCCACAACGAAACUGUCUUGCGGCAAAUUUAAAUUCGCAACUAUAUAUGCUGACUAAUGAAGAUAUGUCAGCAGCUUAUCGGGAUAACUUGGCUGUUGUGCAAUUGAGUCCUACUGUGGUUCAUAUCGCAUUCUUUCGAUAUAGUAUCGUCAAAGAAGAAGAACUGGAUAUGCCGUUUAAAAAUCUAUGCGUUUCAAAAAAUCAUAUUGCUGUGUGGAAUAAGAAACAACUUCGUGUUUAUGAACUCAUCUAUGACGCGUCGAAAUCGGAAGAAGAGAAAGUUGUUCGUAAUAAUAAAGGCAUAGUCUCGUGCUCACCAUCGAAUGUUGUCUUGUACGAUCAGUUACUCUUCGUGCUUGAGAAUGGUCGUGUUAAUGCUAUGUCGUUUCAAGGUACAUCUCGGCAGUCGUUGGCAUUUGGACAAAAUGAAGGCGAAGUAACAAUAAUGAAUUCCAAUGCAUCUUUUCUUGUCAUCGGAUCGAAUAAAGGCUACGUAAAAGUAUUUGAUAUAUCUCGUCGCGAAUUACAACAACUUGGUAAAACAUUGAAUAUUAAUUCGCAUACACCAUCUGUUGACUCGAUAAGAGAAUUGGCAAUUAAUUGUGUGGGAACAAAAGUUACGGUUUUGACAGCACAGACGAAUCUUCAACCGAGCAGCCGUGUUUAUGUCUGGGACGUGGAAAAAGAUAUCGUGAAUAAUUUUGAUUUUAGUUCAGAGAAAUUAACAGGAAGUGAAUACGGAUUGAUUCGACGAAAGGAUGCCACAUCACAAACUGCCCCACAAUAUCGUCGUUAUCCGUCAAAUAUUCAAUGGGAUUCUGAAGAUGCUCGAUUGAUGGCCUUGGAGAUCUAUUUACAUCAACAGAAAUUUGAUUUAAGUGCAUCGUUAACUACGGAUGAUCUUCUUUUGACAAGUAGAGGUGUGGGUGAUGGCGAAUCGACAAUGAUUGAUGGUCAUCCGGCUGCUUCUCGUGAAGUCAUGUCAGUUAAUAAUGAAGAUUCGGCAGAAUCACUGAUUGUCAGUAUGUUCUGUACACCGGACAAUCAAAUUUUACCCAAAGAGGUCUUUCUUCGCAACGCAUCUUAUCGUCAAUUGAUAGCAAUUAAAAUUCCAUUCUAUUUCUUCGUCACUCGAGAUAAAAAUGUUGAAUUAAAUGUGCAUGCAGUAAAACCCAAUAAAACGUUGAACGAAUCCAAAGUUGAUCUACCAGAGGUGGCCGACGAAAACACAGCUAUUAAGAGUUCUCGUAUUCGUAUUCAGUUGCCUAAACUUGAUGCAAUCGAUGCAACUGGUCUGUUUCCUCAAACAAACAAUCAUGAAAAUCAUUCGAAUGGAUUCUUUACCGAUGCUGAACUUGGUGAAAGCAUCGUCUAUUCCGACUAUCUAACUGGAAAAACAAUGGGUGAUUUCGUCGGUAUUAACGGUCUGGAGAAGAAUAUUAUUGAUGCAAUCAUGAAUUUCGGUUACAAUUUAACGUUAGGGGAUCUCGAUGCUGCGUUCAAAGCAAUUAAAAUUAUUAAAAAAGAAAGUGUCUGGGAAAAUCUGGCCCGCAUGUGUGUUUUAACUCGACGGGCGGAUGUUGCGAAAAUUUGCCUUGGAAAAAUGGGUCUAUUUCGAGGUGCCCGAGCUUUACGCAAUGCUGAUCAAGACAAUCCCGACACCAAAGUAGCGAUCUUAGCCAUACACUUGAAUAUGAAGGAAGAAGCAGAAAAAAUUCUCCUUCAAUCAAAGCAGUAUGAUCUUCUCAAUCAACUGUAUCAAUCGACCAAUGAAUGGGAAAAAGCCAUCGAUACAGCGACACGACAUGAUCGAAUACAUUUACGAAAUACAUAUUACAAUUAUGCGAAAUAUUUCGAAGAAAACAAUCAAUUGGACAAAGCUAUUGAAUAUUAUGAAAAAUCUGGUACACAAACAACAGAGGUACGGCGAAUGUUCCUCGAUCGACGAGAUAUGGCAGGAUACAAAGCCUAUACAGCGAACAAAAACGAUCCGAAGUUAUUUCGUUGGUGGGGACGAUAUUUUGAAAGUCGAGGAAAAAUUGAAGAUGCCUUGGGAUGUUAUCGUAAAGCAGAUGAUAAUUUAUCUCUUUGUCGAUUACUCUGUGAACAAGAUCAACCAACUAAAGCUAUUGAAUUAUGUUCAGAUACUGGAAAUAAAGCAGCCUGUUAUCAUAUGGCACGAUAUUUCGAGAAGAAAGGCGAUUUUAAACAAGCGAUUGCUUAUUUUCAACAAGCAUCUGCAAUAAGCAAUGCCAUGCGACUCUGUCGAGAUAAUCAUUUGGAUGAAUAUAUGGCUAAUAUUGCUGCACAAGGUACACCUGAUGACAUGCUCGAAGCUGCACGAUACUUUCAAACGUUACCUAUGCAAGAGGAUCGUGCCAUUCUACUCUAUCACAAAGCUGGGUUAACUUCGAAAGCAAUCGAUUUGGCGUUUAGACACGAACGAUAUUCAGCAUUAGCACAGAUUGCUGAUAGUGUUGGGAAGAAUGCUGAUCCAACUCAAGUUACGCGAAUGGCAGAUUAUUUUAUGCAAUUGAAACAAUUUGACAAAGCCGUUGACCUGCUCGCUGCCAUCGAUCGAGUUGAUGAAGCAGCAGACCUAGCUAUUCGAAAUGAAAUACCAUUAACAGAAGAAUUAUUGGAACGAUUGAGUCCAGCUAAACCUACAAACGAAGAAGACAUGCCGAGAUACCAAGCUAUUUGCGAAAAACUAGGUGAUCUAGCCGUUAGUCAAGGAGCGUAUGCUGGUGCAGCUAAGAAAUAUCUUGAUGCUGGCAAUAAAAUAAAAUCAAUGCGUGCGUUGAUUCAUGCAGGCGAUGUAGAGCGUAUAAGUACAUUUGCUAAUGUUGCACGUAAUCGUGAAGUUUAUCUACUUGCUGCUGAUUAUUUGAAAACGUUGGAUUGGAAGAAGCAUCCUGAUGCAUUACAAAAUAUCAUGAACUUUUAUAAACGUGCAAAAGCAUACGAGAAACUCGCACAGUUUUACGAUAUGUGCGCUCAAAUCGAAAUCGAAGAAUAUCGAGAUUAUUCCAAAGCCCUAGAGGCAUUAAUGGAAGCAUAUAAGACAUUACGAGAUAAUGGAGAGAACACCUUUACUAAGGAUGAAACAUUACAAGAAAUCGAACUCAAAUGUCGAAAUAUCAAACGAUUCCUUGAUGCUAAAGAUCGAUAUGCCGGUGAUCCGGAAACGGGUGCUCGUGAAUUAGCUGGUUUAUUGAGUGAGCAAAAGAUCUUUACAGGUGUCCAUCCAGGUGACCUCUAUGGUAUAUUAAUCGAACAUUUCGGACGCCGAGAGAAAUACAAACAAGCUGGUAUGCUGUUAGAUGAACUGCAACAGCAUGUUUCCGAACGCUACUUUUCUCAUUAUAUCAAUCCAAGUUUAUUAUCAGCGAUCUAUGCUGCAACUGGACGUAAGAUGGGCGCAUCAGAUACUAUGGGUUAUGACGACAAUGAUGAUGGAAGUGCGAAGAGAAAAGAAAACGAUGACUAUCAAAAUGACCGACGACGACAACAACAACAACAACAACAACAUGGGCAGUCGGGAAAAAAUCAUGCGUAUGCUGAAGAGAUUGAUGACAACAUUGAUUAUGGAUCUGUCGAUGAUUAG